CCACCAAUCAAAUACCCCGUAAUUCUGCUCUACCCAGCAAGCUGUGGGCGUGUGUCUAUAUAACCUGCCAGAUUCGAUUGGAUAAACAAACGAACAAGCAAACAAAACAACAGCCUUCGAGCAAUAAAACACAAACAGACGAAGACGCUGGAACAACAGAACUCGGAUACGUACAAUUGUAGGAGAAGGGCAGAAAUUGCUAUUGCGAUUUUCACCCUCCAUCUGCACUAUCGAAGCACAAAAAUAGAUUUACACAUAUUUCGCCAAGAUGCCGAUGGUCAUGUCAUGUCGUUCGCGAGCCGCCAUGAAGCUUCAUGCGGACUGUUAUGAUCGACUAAAGAAACCGAUUUAUUUGGAAGCGCCCAUGACGACAGCCGUCGAGGAGGAGCAAAAGUGUGGCGUACGCAAGGAUAAGCCCGUAAAUCCCAAGGGCCAAAGGCGACCCUUACCGCCGGGCACCAAGGAACCGAAUCCAGUUCCCAUUCCUGGACAAAAGGUUAUGCGCUCCCCCGUGGGUGGUGGCAAGGCGCCGCCCCGUAAUCGCAAAUACGAUGGGGCCAAGGCCACAUUCUUCCACAUCAAGGGCCAGUCGUGGGAGUCCAAGGGCUAUGCGGAACUCUCGCCGGGGGAACUGGAGCGCAUGAGGGCCGCGAGACCGAAAACCACGGAUGAACGACGAGCGGAGCAGGAUCGCCGGAUGGAGGAGCAGCAAUAUCACACGGCCGAAGCGGAACGCAUGCGGAACUACUUCCAUGACAUCGAUGAGCAGCGGAGGGAAAAGGAGCGGGAGACGGAGAAGAGGAACGAUGACGAGGCCGAUGAGGACGUGAACGAGGAGCGGCGAGUCGAGGCCAAAAGGUUGCAGGUCUUACAUCGCGCCCUGGAUGCCAAGUACGAGUCCGACGUGCGGGUGAAGGAAGCCACUCGUGCCAUAUCCGAGGCCAAAUGCAGUGCCAUGUGGACGGCUCAGAUUCAGGAGAGGAAGCUCCUCCAGCGCAUCCAACUGGAUCACGAUGAGGAGAUGGCCCGCAAGAAUCGCGAGUACAACAAUGCCAAGUGGGGCACCGUGGAGCAGCAGGAUCAGGCCGAGGAGGAGCGCCGCCGGCAGUUCGGAAACGCAGUUCGCGAACAGAUCAGCGAUCGAGAGAAGUUACGAUUCCUGGCCCAGGAUCGCCUGCGAAUGGAGGCUCGAGAUUUGCGAGCCGCAGUGGAUGAGUAUAAGAGGGCUGAAAUGGCCGAGGGAGAGUCACGCUCCCGCCGCAAGUUGGCCUACAGAGAUGAGCUGAACAAAUACACCAAAUUGCAUCGCAAUUUUGUGCGCAUGAUGUGCGAGCAGGAUCAGCGGGAUGAGAACAGGGCCUACGAGUAUCUGAAACUGAAGGAGAAGCAAUUGAGGGAACAGCGCGCGGAACGCGAGGCCAUCGAGGCGGAUGAGAAGCGCAAGCGGGACGUCCUCUUUGCAGUGGGCCAGAAGAUCCUGGAUGCCAAGGACAAUCGCGAGGAGAUGCAUUUCCUGGCCGAACACGAGCGUCUGGAGAGGAAAUACCGGGAAAACGAACGGAAAGCCGCCGAGAAGGAGAGGAAAAUGGCUGCCGAACUCAAGCGCGCCAAUAUGGAGCAAAUGGAGCACCUCAGCCAGAUGAAGGCCUGCUAUUAUGUGCAGCGGGAAAGGGAGCUCAAGGAGAUGAUCCAGUACCGUGAGAAAUUGGAGGAGCAGAUGAAGCGCGAGGCCGACGAGCAGGCCAUCAAGAAGGCCUGUCUGCGCACCAGUGUCUCGUGUCAAAUUGAGGAGCGUGAGAAGGCUCGUCGCCGCGAACUGGAGGACGAGCACCUGGCCUUCGAGCGGGAGAGGGCCGCCGAGGCUCAGCGCCAGAAGGAGAUCGAUACGGUGAUCACCGUGAAGCUAGAUGAUCUACAGAAACGCGGCUGUCUGCCCAACUUGGCUGUGCGAUCGCUCAAAGGUCGCGUGGAAAAUGCCGGAAACAAGAAGAAACUCGGCUCUGAAUUCAGUUAGAUUUUUUUCUGGUUUCUCCUUUCAAUCCCAAAACACACACUCAAAUUGACAAUGGCAUAGAUGAUGGCUUUUCCAGCUUGGCGGAAUUAAAACUUGCUGCCCGUAUAUA